AUGCCGCGGAAGGCGUCAGCGUCUUCGACCCCGGAGCUGGGCGAGCCGUACGACGAGCACCGGUACGCCGCCCUGCGCCACGAGCUGUCGGUGCGCGGCAUCCGCUUCCGCGUCGGGACGGAGCGCGUGACAAGUAGCGCGGGCUUCAUCCGCCUGCUGCGGGACUGGGACAAGGCCCACGCACCGCCGCCUCAGCACCAGAAGAAGGCCAAGGCCAAGGCCACAUCCAAGAAGAAGCAGCAGCAGCCCAUGGCCAGCAGCAGCUCCACGCGCGUGAUCCGCGCGCGCCGCGGCUGCCGCUUCCGCCUCAUCAACGCGCUGCUGAGCCCGGACUUCAACGGGCGCUGGCGCGAGAUGGCGGCGGCCGGCGGGCGCCUGGGCGAGGUGAACCAGUUCUGGCUGGACGUGCACGCCGCCUUCCUGGCGCAGAACUCGAUGCUGGACGCGCUGCACUUCGAGGACGCGCUCUUCGUCAACGUCACGCCCAACGUGAUCCUGCCGCACUCGGCCGCGCGCCUGCUGCAGAUGUGGGCCGAGAUCGUCGCCAUGUACCGCAACGCCGUGGCGCAGGCCAAGGAGGCGGCCGCGCACAACGACAACGUCCACUCGUUCUUCGACUUCUGCGCCGGCCGCCUCGACCUGCUCUACCUGCACAUGGCCAUGCUGCUCGAGCCCCAGCUCUCCGAGUUCAUCAUGUCGGACAAGAUCCAGACGGCCGACCCGUUCAGUGGCAGCAGGGCCAAGGGCAAGGCCGCUGCGGCCGCCGCCGCUGCUGCUGCUGCUGCUGCUGCUGCUGCCAAGGUGGUGUCUGCUCCAGAAAAACCUGCAGCGGCCCCUGCCCCCGAAAAGCCCAAGCCAAUGUCUGCUCCGGCUGUCGCUGCUGCUCCUGUGGCGGUGCCUGCUCCUGUUGCCCAAGUCAAAGCUCCGCGAGGACUCACACAGAACCCGGAGAUGGAAGAGGAUCCGACACUGGAUGAAGUCAAGCCCCCAGCUCCAAAGGCACCGACGAAGACGACGACCGCUAAAGCGACCAAACCUGCCGCUAAGGCGAAGCAGACCAAGCCAGCAGCCCCUCCUCAAAAGCUGGUUGCCCUGAAGAAGACUCAAAACGCAGCCGGCAAGGCCAAGGCGUCAAGCGGUGCUACGUCAGCGAAGGAGGCGAAACAAACAGCCUCGCCAUCCAAGCAGAAGUCGCCGCCAAAGACGAAGGCUCCCACCAAGCCUGCCAACCGAAAGACCUCUAUCGGUAGUAAACCGGCGACCUCGCCGGCACCCGUGACGGGCAAACGUCAACGUGAAGAAGAGGACAGCACGGCCAUCGUGGAGGUCCCGAGUGUGAGUGACAUUGUCCCUCAUUCGGGCAAGCGGAUGCACACGACCACAACGAUCUCGACCGCUCUGACGACGCGGCAAUCGGACAUGAUGCUGCCUCCGGACGAAUGGGAUAUCCUGGAGAGCCGGCUGCGGAAGGUGAACGAGAAUAUCGACCGGUGCCACCGCGGACUAGCAGGAGGCGAGGGAGCAAGUGUCAGCGAUAGUUAUAAGCAGUCUUUGGAGGCUGACUUGCGGUUCUACUCUGCUAUCAAGCAGCGGCUACAGGAGCAACUACUGGUAGUGAUGCAGAGCGGCUAUUAA